UCUUCAACUUUGAUCUCUUGCACACGGAAUCCCCGUGCGCUCGAAUCUUCAUUAGCCCCAAGCGCCCUCCUCUUGUUGUAGCCCACCUGCGCCUCCUCCAUUAUCCGCGCCGAACAGGGUCCUUGAGAAAAGAGAACAGCAAUCAAAGUCGAAGGAGAGAGAACGGCAGACGCGCUGUGGGGUAACAAGGGUUGGGGUCAAAAGAUCGAAAGAGGAAAAAAAGCGUAAAGCGUGUUCCUCAGGGCGCCCUUCUUUAUUUUAUUUUAUUUAUUCUUUUUUAUUAUUUCCCUUUUGCCUCGUCUGUUCCUGCCGACCGUCCGUCACUCCGCCUUUGCCACCCCGAACCUGAGGCGCGGCUCCCAAACCCGCCCAUGUUCCAUCCCGGCCCUCGGUCGACGAGCAGCCAACAGCAACAGCAGCAGCAGGGCGCCGCGCUCACCCUCCUCCUCCUCCUCGUCUCGCUCCUCCGCAUCGCCCGCCUCCCCUUCCGCCGACGCGCGACCGCAGCCGUCACCAUGUCGAGCAAGUCGAUCCUCCCGAGCUACCAGGACCAGGUCGUGUCGUCGGCCGUCGGCGGCCGCCAUGGCCGCUGCAGGGACCACCACAGCGAGAAGGCACACUACCCUCACCACCACCACAACGCCCACGCGGUGUCGCCGUCGCGCCGCAAGAAGAGCAGGUGGUGCUACUGCUACUGUCUGCCGCGCCUCCGCCACGUGCUCGUCUUCCUCGCCACGCUGCUCUUCAUCUUCUACGUGACGGGCUGCCUGCACCUGUACAAACGCAUCUCGCUCAAGAAGGACCACGACUCGAUGCACCUGCAGACCACGACCUGGAACUUCCGCUUCUCGAGGGGGCCCAUUGACGUCAGCCUCGGCACCUUUAGGACGUCGCGGGACAUGGUCGAGAUCAACUACCACCCUGAGGCGCAAGCGUCGCCGUCAUGAGCGAUACGGGCGUCGGGGUUUUCCCCUUUUUUUUUCUUCUUCUCUUGAAUACAUGGCAGCGCGCAUCCAGACGGCGCGUGGAGGGGAGACGAACGCGAACGGCAUCGACACGACGACGACGACGACAAGCGGGAGAGAGGGAGGUAGUCCGUGAUGGGGUCGGGAUCCGGUUGGUCACAGGGUUAAUCCCCAGUUGCUACUGGCUCUCGACUCUGUGAUGGCUGCAAACAAAAACAGGGUGCAUAUGGAGGACCACCGACGACUUGCCGAUCGGCCGUGACUCGACACAAGACUCCCACGACUUUGCCACCCAUCCCGAGACAGCGAGAGAGGACCCGACAUCCAUGUCCUCCCACCUCGUCCCAUCUCGGCCGUUUCCUUUUGCUGUCCCACACCCACCUCACCAGGAGCCGACAACGCCGCCGUUUUCGACCCGCCUCGGCGUCCCGUCCGUCUUUUUUCGUCCCAUGUUUGACUCCUCGCACGCGUCGAGGAUGUGCCAUUGCCUACUCAAAAAGAGAGCCGCACGGCCGGUUUCGAAGAAAUGAACAGAACAAUAUCCAGAUAUCGGGGGAAGCAAAAACACACGAGCUUCCUUCCUAAUUCCUCCACCACCCUUCACCUUUCUUCUUUGUCUAUCCCCAUGUAAUCAUUACGAUACCUUCAGUGUCUGUUUGAACAACGCCGCCUUCCAUGUUGGAACCGGUCACAGCCCAGCCCCUUUUUCUUGUUUCCCUGACCAUAUUCGGUUUCUCCUUCCUAUCCAUUUUCUAGAGCGGAGUCUGGCGUUUGACGAGCUCCUCCCGGCUCUAGAGAGGAUGUCUCGUUGUGCAGCUCUUGUUCUUUUUCUUUUUCUUUCUUUUUUUUUUUUGCGACUCUGUUGGCUUACAUCGACGCGUAGACUUUUUCUGGUCUCUGCGCGUUGAUUUUCUGAGCAUUUGGGAGCAUUGGAGAGCGUGGCAAGCCGUCUUUAUUUCUUGUUAUUUUUUAUCCGCAUCACUCUCCCGCGGGCAAACAUUGUCACUUCGCUGCAACAUUUGCGCCGGCGCACAAGGACGGCGCAGACAUCGUCUGCGCAACAUCCCGAUCCAGCCGGCCUUGGGCUCCUUUCUGCCCAGUCUCUUGUUCACAUCGUUGAUCGACGAGAAGCUGGGACGAACGAUUGGAGACGUUGGCAUCAUGGUUGUGGGCCGCCAAAGGGUUGUAGCUGUAUUUUUCCUGUCCUGGUUUCCUUCUGUUCCGUUUUAUGUCAUGGGGAGCUGUCUCGCACACAUAGCCACAGACAGUGGGCCGUUCGUGCCCGGAUCAGUUAGGGGUUGUCUUUAGUAGGAAGUAACCAACAACGAC